AUGCACUCACUACUCAUUGCAUCCAAAAACCAAAAUGACAUGGCACAGGACGUGAUAGACAAGACAAAGGAGAUCCUGAAACCGGAAGAAAACGGCAUCCAAAUUGAAAGGAUCAGGAAAGUUAAAGAUCAGAGGAUCAUAGUGAGUUGCAGAGAAGAACAAGAAACUGAGAGGAUUAAAAAGAGAAUAGAAAUAAGCAAAGAACUGGAGGCAGAAAAGGUGAAAAAUAAAAAUCCACUCAUCAUCAUAAGGGAAGUGAGAUAUAAAUUAACGGACGAAGAAAUAAUAACGGCGGUGAGAAACCAGAACCCGGACAUCUACACAGCCAAAGAAGAUGAUGACGAAUUCAGGAUUAAAUAUAGAAGAAAAACCAGAAACACUGAAAAGUGCCAUGUUAUAGUCCAGCUUAAGCCGGGAUACUGGAAAAAGAUAACGGAGAAGGGGCAUCUGUACGUAGGAAUGGAGAGGGUGAGGGUCGAAGAUCAGACCCCCCUCAUACAAUGUACAAGAUGCCUCAACUUCGGACAUGGCAGGAAAUUUUGUCAAGACAGUGCGGACAAAUGCAGUCACUGCGGAGGACUACACCUGCGGGCAGAUUGCCCAGACAGAAAAGCAGGAGUCCCACCGCAGUGCUGCAACUGCACGCACGAAGAAUUAUCAGGUACAGACCACAAUGCAUUUAGCAACAACUGCAAAGUCAGAGAGAAAUGGGAUAGCCUCGCCCGCUCUACAACUGCCUAUGACUGAGGAUAACACAAAACAACACACAAACAAGAAGAACACACACCAAAACACAACACAAACAUUGAACAAAAAAACACACACACAAAAAACAGACAACACAUACACAAAACAAUGGAGAGACUGGAAUGAUGUACAUUCUAAUCAACCCAUUGAAACAAAAACAAAAAACAAAACAUAAAGUAGAGCAUCAUGAAGAUGUAAAGCUUCAUGGAAACACCAAACUUAGACAAAAUACAUAAAUGAAUACACACAAAACCGGACUUGACUAAAUAAGCAAAGAGUAACAAAAUAAAACUGAAAAAGAAAGAGGACUACCUUAUAUAUUUAGUUAUAUAUAAAAAGUGACCUUAAAUACGGAAUAA